AUGACGGGCGUCCUGAGCAAGCGCCAGCAGGCGCGCAACGAAAAAGUCCUGCACGACUUGGUCCAGACCGUACCAGGGAACAACUUCUGCGCCGAUUGUCAAGCACGGAACCCAGCAUGGGCCUCAUGGAGUCUUGGCGUUUUUCUUUGCAUGAGAUGUGCUGCUAUCCAUCGAAAGUUGGGUACGCACAUCUCCAAGGUGAAAUCCUUGAGCAUGGACAGUUGGUCCAACGAACAGGUCGAGAAUAUGAAGAAAGUCGGCAACGUCAGGUCCAACCAGAUCUACAACCCAGACAACAAGAAGCCACCCGUUCCUGUAGACGCGGACGAGGCCGAUUCAGCAAUGGAACGCUUUAUUCGCUCCAAGUACAUGAACAACAACCCCGCCCCGGCGAGAAAACAACACACCGGCCUUUCAGACGAAGGCGUGCCGCCUCCUUUGCCGCCUAAGGCCGGAGGCAAGUUUGGAUUCAGGUCUGCGUCGUCCAUCUUUCCGCUCUCCUCCCGCUCGAAGAAAGAGGCCGCGAUGCGUAACGUCUCGAACCCCAGAGAUAUGCCCCGAAGCCCGUCGCCGAGCGAACUACCCAAUAAGCCAUCCAAGGUUUUCGGCCUCAGUGUUCAGUGGGAGCAAGAGGAUACAGAAAGGAAACUGGCCAGCCUGAGAGACAUGGGUUUCUCAGACACGCAACGGAAUGCCACGGUAUUGAAGAGCGUCAAUGGAAACUUGGAGCGGGCUAUCGAGGCUUUGGUGCGACUGGGUGAGACCGACAGGAGGUCGCCCUCGUUGACGGGGCCCCGUGAAAGCUCCCUGCGCGCGACGCGCUCGCAUGCGAACCUUUCGACGUCCAGUGGUCUAUCCGCGCCGCAGCAGACGUUUAGUGAGGGGCCGCAGUCUCCUUCUACGGUUUCCAGCAACAACCCGUUCGAUUUGCUGCCGCCCCAGCCGCAGUCUUCCCAGUCAACAGGAACGUUGGCGAACAAGAACCCUUACGCGAACAACCCUUUCGGCGGUCCAAGUCAGACGCAGCAAGACUUCAACCAGGCUUUUAACAACAUGUCUUUGGCACCAGCUCAGCCCCUGUUCCCGCACCACACCGGUGGCCUUCCGUCUACGCAGCCCUUCGCCCAGCAGCAGCAGAUCUACCAGCAGUCCAUGACACCGCCGGUACCGCAAGCGCAGCAGAACUAUAACCCGAUCAACUUUAAUAGUAAUAUGACGUACCCCCAGCCCCAGCCCCAGCCGCUCCAGCCGCAAUCGACAGGUUAUAACCCGUUCUUCGCAAACCAAACGCAGCCUGCUCCGACGCAGCAGAAUCUGGCGGUCAGCACGAACAGUCCGUUCGCUAACAACCCGUUUGCGCGAUCGCCCACGAGAAUCCAAUCCCCAUCCUUGGGCCAGAUCCCGGAGCAGACACAGUCGAACUUCUACACCACGUCGCCACAGCCAUUGUCGCCGCAGAACACCAACCCGUUCUUUGCUCAGAUGAGCUCACAGCCCACUGGCCAGCAACAAAUGCCCGCCCCGCAGCAGCAGCAGCAGCAACCAUUCCACCAGCAACAAGGCUUCCAGCAACUGCAACAGCCUUACCAGCAGUCUCCUCAGCCAUUUCAACCGUCGCAGUUCCAGCCGCAGCAGCAGGUGCCCCACCAGCAGCAACAACAGCAGCCGCAGCAGCAGCCACAGCAGCCACAGCAGCAACAGCAAUGGCCUGGGCAAGACUUUUUCGAUCAGCAGCCACAGCAGCAGCAGCCUCCCCCGCAGCAGCAGCAGCAGCAGCAGCAGCAGAUGUAUCAACAGCCGCAGCGACCUGACAAGGCCUCUAUCUUGGCGUUGUACAACAUGCCGCAACUGGCUCCUCAGCCCUUCGCAAACCAGACUCAGACGCAAGAGCCGGUACAAUCGGAGAACGCCGCAGCGCAGCAGGCCGAAGCUAACGGCCAAGGACCGGCCGCAGGGACCAAGAACCCUUUCCUGUCGAACGGACCGACCUCACCUGUUAUGACCCAGAAGGAUGUCGGACCGCGCAGGGCCGGCGUCAGUCGGGAGAGUAUGGCAUUCACAGACAUGCAGUGGACGAACGGUCGACAUAGCCCCGAUGCUUUCGCCAGCCUAAGCGCGAGGCACAUGUAG